GCACCCAGUCACAGCUGAAGCUUCCAAGUCCUGGUUCGCACGCUGGGCCACGAUUACGAUCACCUGGCCAUCUUUAACGACCACUGACAUCUGAGCAGCCCCCACUGACCCAUACGUCCGAAUCUCUGGGCGCUGGGACUUGGAAAUGAUGCUCCGCACAGAUUCCCUUCUUUUUCAUGCCUGCAUAGUAUUCCAUUGCCAAAAGCUCGGCUCUCCCACACAGGACAGGAUGGAACCUUCUGCACAGCUGGAUUUCAACCUGCGGCCUCUUCUGGAACAGCUCAACCAGGACGAGUUGAGCAAGUUCAAGUCUCUGCUGAGGACCCUUUUCCCACAAGAUGGGUUACAGCACAUUUCCCAAACAGAGGUAGACGAGGCCGAUGGGAAGUGCCUGGCAGAAAUUCUCACCACCCGCUGCCCCCUCUCUUGGGUAGAGACAACGACCAUCCAGGUCUUUGACAAGAUGAACCGAGCAGAUCUGUCUAAGAGAGCUAAGGAUGAACUUACAGCUCUGAGGUCUACAUUUGGGCAAAUCUGCAAGACAAACAUUUGGCCUGGAGCCACUGAAGAUGUCCAUAAGUUCACCCAGAGAUAUGAGAAGUUUGUCCCCUUCCGUGAUCCGAAAAUGCUCCCAGGGCCGUUCCCACACACGGUGGUCCUGCAUGGCCCCGCCGGCGUGGGGAAAACCACGCUGGCCAAGAAGUGGAUGCUGGACUGGACCCAGGACACGUGCUCGGAGUCACUCAUUUCCACUCUCUAUCUCAGCUGCAAGGAGCUCCGUCGCCAGGGGCCGUGCACUUUUGCAGAGCUGAUCUCUAAGCAGCGCCCAGAGGUGCAGCAAGCCGGGCCCGAGGGUCUAGCCCAAGAGCAGAAACUCCUGUUUGUCAUCGACGGCUUCGAUGAGCUGAGAGUCCCCUCGGGGUCACUCCUCCACGACAUCUGUGGCGACUGGGAGCAGCAGAAGCCGGCGCCCGUCCUGCUGGGCAGUUUGCUGAUGAGAAAGCUGUUGCCCAAGGCCACGUUGCUGGUCACCACGCGCCCAGGCGCCCUGAGACAGCUCCGCCUGUUGGUGCAUCAGCCCGUGUUCAUCGAGGUGGAGGGGCUGUUGGAGCAGGACAGGAGGGAGUAUUUCCUGCAGCACUUCGAGGAGGAAGGCCAAGCCCUGCGCGCUUUCGAGGCGAUGCGGGGCAACCCAGCCUUGCUCCGCCUGGGCUCGGCCCCCGCCGUGUGCUGGGUCGUGUGCACGUGUCUGAAACUGCGGAUGGACGAGGGGGCGGACCCCGCGCUGACCUGCCGGACCGCCACCUCCCUGUUCCUGCGUUUCCUGUGCGGCCAGUUCCCGCCGGGCCCCGGGCGCAGCGCCCCGCAGCACCUCCCCGCGCCCCUGCGGGCCCUGUGUGUCCUGGCUGCCGAGGGCGUCUGGACGCAGACGUCCGCGUUCGACCGAGGAGACCUCGGGAGACUCGGCGUCCAGGAGUCUGACCUGCGCCCCUUCCUGGACAAGAACCUCCUGCAGGUGGACACCGACUGUGAGGGCUGCUAUGUCUUCCUCCACCUCAGCGUCCAGCAGUUUCUGGCCGCCGUGUUCUACGCGCUGGACAGCGGGGAGCGGGCAGCCGGGGACGGGCAGGGGGACACUGGGGACGUGCAGGCGCUGCUCUCCAAGGAGGAGAGGCUGAAGAACCCCGACCUGACGCCCGUGGGCCACUUCUUGUUCGGCCUCGCCAACGAGGAGCGAGCCCGGGAGCUGGAGGCCACGUUCGGCGUCCGCGUGUCCCUGGGGCUCAGGCAGGAACUCCUGAAAGGCCUGUCCGGCGGGCACGGGCCCUUCUCCUGCAGGACAGACGUGAAGGAGGCGGUGUCCUGUCUCUACGAGUCCCAGGAGGAGUCGCUGGUGAAGGAGGCCGCGGGGCACGUCCGGGAGGUGUCCCUGCACCUGCAGAGCCCGGUGGACCUGGCGCAGUGCGCCUUCUGCUUCAAGCACUGUGGGGACUUGCGGAGAGUGUCCCUGCAGGUGGAGAAGGGGGUUUUCCUGGAGAACGAGGGUGCCUCCGAACCAGACACGUGGGUGGAGAGGUCCCAGCGUGAUCAGCAGGCGUUUCCAUUCUGGGUAGAACUUUGCUCUAUGUUAAGCUCAAACCAGAACCUGAUAUUUCUGGACAUCAGUCACAGCUUUCUCAGUACCUCCGCAGUUAGGAUUCUCUGCGAAAAGAUAGCCUCUGCCCCCCGCCACCUCCAGCACAUGGUUCUCAAGGAUAUUUCCCCAGCUGAUGCUUACCGAAAUUUCUGCGCCGUUUUUGGUGGUUUUGAGUCCCUCACGCACCUGACCCUUCAAGGAAGUGAUCAGAAGAAUAUGCUUCCCAUACUGUGUGAGGUCUUAAAGCACCCGAAGUGUAAUCUGCAGUAUCUCAGGUUGGGAUCUUGUUCCGCCACCACCCAGCAGUGGGCUGACUUCUCCUCCUCCCUCCGAUUCAGCCAGUCCCUCAUGUGCUUGAACCUCACGGGAAAUGAGCUCCAAGAUGAAGGAGCCAAGCGGCUGUACCUGACUCUGAGACACCCCAGGUGCUUUCUUCAACGGUUAUCGUUGGAAAACUGUCAACUUACAGGAGCUUACUGCAAGGAGCUGUCUUCUGCGUUGAUCGUCAACCCGAGGCUGACGCACCUGUGCUUGGCCAAGAACAACCUUGGGGAUCAGGGGGUAAAACUUCUGUGUGAGGGCUUGAGCUACCCUGAAAGUCAACUGCAGACCCUGGUGCUAUUCCACUGCAACAUUACCUGCGACGGCUGCAUUAAGCUCUCGAUGCUUCUCCAUCAAAACUCCAACCUUACACGCUUGGAUCUGGGGCUGAACCACAUUGGAAUUACCGGGAUGAAGUUUCUGUGUGAGGCUUUGAAGCAACCACCGUGUAAACUAAGCUGCCUGUGGUUAUGGGGGUGUGCGAUCACCCCUGCCAGUUGUGAAGACCUGUCAUCUGCCCUCAGCAGUAACAAAAGCCUCGUCACUCUGGACCUGGGCCAGAAUCCCCUGGAGUCCAGCGGAGUAAAGAUGCUGUGUGAUGCCCUGAAGCUUCAAAGUUGCUCUCUCCAGAAACUCAGGUUGAAGAUAGAUCAGUCUGAUGCCCAAAUCCAGAAUCUGCUGAAAGAAAUCAAAGAGAGCAACCCAAAACUGACUAUUGAGGGAGAUUAUGAAGAGCCCAAAAAUAAAAGACCUUCUUCUCAUGAGUUUAUUUUCUGA